AGUGAGAAUGAAGCAUCUAUUACAAAAGUGGUGUGUAACAAAAGGCUAAACCCAUACAAGGACGCCCAAAACCCCUCCUCACCGUUCACUCACGCCGAUACCUCGUCAGUCGUUCCUCACGCUCUCAUCCUCCUCGGUGUCUCCUCUGUUCAUUUGAAAUUUCAGGUGUGUUAGCAUACUAUAUAGGUAGUUUUUAUUUAUUUCAAUGGCCACUCCAUCCUCACUCAACAUGUGUGCAUCGAACGCGGUCAUAGGUGCUUGUAAUGUGAGCAAAACUCAAAAGGUUUUUAUGAGCUGUUCCCCGGAUUUAUUUGGCAAAAAGUUGGUUAAUUCCAUGCCAAUUUGCUCAUCUGCCGACUUUACGCCAUUAAGGUGUUCUUUUGGUGUGAAACCUGUAAAGUGGGAAUCGAACGGGGAAGUUUCGACCAAGUUUGGAGCUCCCUGCCGUGUAGUUGGUGUUAAGAGUACGAAUUUAUUCUCAGUGGGUCAGAAAUUUCAACUUAACGAUGUGCUGGAAGCUCAGCAGUUUGAUAGAGACACUCUUAAUGCCAUUUUUGAGGUGGCGCGGGAGAUGGAGAAGGUUGAAAAAAACUCGCCUGGGAGCCAGGUUUUGAAGGGUUACUUAAUGGCCACUUUGUUCUAUGAGCCUUCUACCAGAACUAGGCUCUCUUUUGAAUCUGCCAUGAAACGUUUAGGUGGGGAAGUCUUGACAACUGAGAAUGCAAGGGAGUUUUCAUCAGCAGCCAAAGGAGAGACACUUGAGGAUACUAUCAGAACCGUUGAAGGUUACUCAGAUAUAAUUGUAAUGAGGCACUUUGAAAGCGGUGCUGCAAGAAGAGCUGCUGCAACUGCAGAAAUUCCCAUCAUAAAUGCAGGAGAUGGUCCAGGGCAGCAUCCAACUCAGGCUCUUUUAGAUGUGUAUACCAUUGAAAGAGAGAUAGGAAAGCUAGAUGGCAUCAGUGUUGCCUUGGUUGGUGAUCUUGCUAAUGGAAGGACUGUUCGUUCACUGGCAUAUCUGCUUGCCAAGUAUAAUGAUGUCAAGAUAUACUUUGUCGCACCAGAAGUGGUGAGAAUGAAGGAUGACAUUAAGGAGUAUCUAACCUCAAAGAACAUCCAAUGGGAAGAAAGUGCGGACUUGAUGGAAGUAGCUUCUAAAUGUGAUGUAGUGUAUCAGACUCGUAUUCAGAGAGAGCGCUUUGGGGAAAGAGUCGAUCUUUAUGAAGAAGCGAAAGGGAAAUACAUAGUAAAUAGAAAUGUGUUGAAUGUGAUGCAGAAGCAUGCUGUAGUUAUGCACCCUCUUCCACGGCUUGAUGAGAUAACUGUAGAUGUGGAUGAAGAUCCGAGGGCAGCCUACUUCAGACAAGCAAAGAAUGGCCUAUAUAUCCGUAUGGCUUUAUUGAAACUUCUACUUCUUGGAUGGUAGAUUAGAGAUUCUGAGGUGCUGAGAUUGUUAGUGACCUAAAGCCUUGGUCAAGUAGGAGCAAGGUGGAGAGCAUGCUUUUAUUACAAAUCUACGCGAAUGUUUUGUUUCUGAAGGAAGUGCUAUUGGAAUUUUUGACAUCUUAAAAGAAAGUUUUUGGGUUACGUAUGGAGUAAUUUAGAUCAUACUACACUCAAGUCAGAUCAGUGUGAUAUUGGUGGCUCAACACGGAAAAGUUUUGAGAUCAAAAAUCAAGCUUUUGAAAAUCGUCGAAUAAUAUGCACCAAGUUAUGAUUCUGUUUCACUGUUUUUCUUCUUGCAGCAUUCCACAGUGUGUUGUAUAUCUAGAACAAUUAGUUUUGGACCAGAACUUUGGGACUUGAGAGUGUUGCAAUUCAUAAUUUGUUUAAUUACUAAUUUAACUACUGAACAAAUUAUGUUUAA